CCACUCUAUCCACCUCUCUAUGUACUCACAGAUUUUCUGGAAAGCUCCUUCUUCUUUAAUGGUUUUUCUUCUCUUAUAACAAUUUUGUAAUUAUUUUUUUCAUUAUUAUAAUACAAACUCUCUUUAUCGAUCUUGUCUUUUCUUCUACUCACGGUUGAGACUGCAGUUAGGGGAAUUGUGCUAGAUUUCAAGAAGUUACUAUCUUUAGGUUGAUUUAUUAAUACAUAGGUCAAUUAGAAGUUUGCAAUUUGAAGAAAUCUUGGAUUGAGAAAAUGGGUUACAUAUGCGAUUUUUGUGGAAAUCAAAGAUCCAUUGUGUAUUGCCGAUCUGAUGCAGCAUGUUUGUGUCUAUCAUGUGAUCGAAAUGUGCAUUCGGCUAAUGCCUUGUCCAAACGUCAUUCAAGGACACUAUUAUGUGAAAGAUGUAAUUCACAGCCGGCCUUAGUUAGAUGUGCUGAAGAGAGGGUCUCUCUUUGUCAGAAUUGUGAUUGGCUAGGUCAUGGAACCUCUACAUCGGCUUCUGCACAUAAGAGGCAAACCAUCAAUUGUUAUUCCGGUUGCCCUUCAGCUUCUGAACUGUCCUCAAUUUGGUCAUUUGUUUUAGACUUUCCAUCUGUCGGAGAAUCUGCUUGUGAGCAGGAAUUAGGUUUGAUGAGUAUUACCGAUAGCAGCAUGAAGAAUUCCUGGGGCAAUAUUGAAGAUACUAUCACUCAGAAUGCAUCAAGUGGUGGUGGCGGGACUAAUAUUAUGCGAGAUGCUGAUAAGUCAAGUGUUUGGGUUGGAUCUUCUUCCAUGCCUGGGCCUAACUCUUCAACACAGAGUCUUGAACAAGCACCUGGAUUAGCUAAUAAUGCAUCUUUGCCCAAGUUAUGCUGUCCUGGAACAAAAGGUCCUGCAUUCUGUGAAGAUGAUGAUCUCUAUGCUGACUUCAAUAUGGAUGAAGUGGAUUUAAGUCUUGAGAAUUAUGAAGAACUCUUUGGCGUAACUCUUAAUCAUUCAGUGGAGCUUUUUGAAAAUGGGGGGAUUGACAGCUUAUUUGGGACAAAGGAAAUGUCUGCUGCAGAUUCCAACUGUCAGGGGGCUGUUGGUGCUGAGGGCUCAUCAGUUGGACUUGUAAACACAGUGCAGCCUGCAUGCAGCAAUGCAGCAUCUGCUGAUUCCAUGAUGAGUACAAAAACUGAACCUGUAAUUUGUUUCACAGCAAAGCAAGCACACUCAAGCCUCUCUUUUUCUGGCCUUACUGGUGAGAGUAAUGCUGGUGAUUAUCAAGAUUGUGGUGCUUCUUCGAUGCUUCUCAUGGGGGAGCCUCCAUGGUGUCCUCCCUGUCCUGAGACUUCCUUUACAUCAGCAAGCCGUAGUGAAGCAGUCAUGCGUUACAAGGAAAAGAAGAAGACACGCAAGUUUGACAAGACAGUUAGGUAUGCCUCUCGCAAAGCAAGGGCUGAUGUAAGAAAACGUGUGAAGGGGCGCUUUGUCAAAGUUGGUGAUGCUUAUGAUUAUGAUCCUCUCAGCCAAACCAGAAGUUGCUGAGUACAAUUUUUAACCAUGCUUUAAAAAGGGACCUAGGUUCUCAUGAGGAGAAAGGGGUGGAUGUAAAAUCUCCGCUUUCAAAUGCUUCAACAAUAAAAUUCAAGUGCGGAUGGCAGAUUCCCAUUACCAUAAAAGAUGGAUGGACUGUGACAGAUUCUGACCAGAGUGCUUGAGACUAUGUGUUAAUCAUUUCCGCUGUAUCUUUGGGCAGUUCAGCUGCCCAAUUCUUUUCUAGGACGGGGAUACUUGUCGGUGCUUGAGCCGUAUGUGUGCUUCCUUGUUCACCAUUUCUACUGUUAAUCUUUCUUCAACAUGUUUGAACUCUGGCACGUCUAUAUGGGAACUAACACAGUGAGCGGCUGAUCUCACAGUUGUCGUGGGGGUAGAAGCUUGGUAGCUGUAGUUUGAACUCUUGUUUUUCAUUUGACAUGUAUAACACUGAAAUGAAGCCGGGUAAAGAAUGUAUUCUGUUUGUUUUAUCAUGGACGUGUACAGCUCUUGAUAUGAAAAUUGUAUACGCAUAUAUUUAAGAGGAUGAGGAUGUAGCCUGUAGUAACUCAGUUUGUUACUUACCCAAAAAGAAAAUUACUCAGUUUGUUAUUUUUGUUUGUGGCUAGAGGAUUAUUUGAGCUGUUAUUGUAAUAAAAUGGUAUUAUUUGUAACUA